AUGUCCGACAAGCCGAAUAGAAGAAGAGGAAACAACAAGGAAACGGAGAGUGGCGCAAUCGUAAACUUGUUAACUCAGCCACCAGCAGGAGCGAAUCCUUCGAAUGAACAAACUUCAACAAACGACGACACAUCGAAAUCGAUCGAGUCUAGCCAAGGUGAUCAAGCUGAUCCUGGCCAUGUUUCAAAAACCAACCAAGUAGAUCCUUCUAAGAAUCUAGGUACUAAUAGAACUCAAUUAAACCAAGAGGGUAGUCCCAUUGACCCUGGUUUAGAGUUGAACAAAUCGAAUCAAUCAAACUCGGUCCAAACCAAGAGUUCGACUGCGAAUCCUAUCCAAGGAGGUCAAAGAGAUGACCUCGGAUUAAAUAGACAAAAGGAAUCUUUAGAAAGAUUAGAAGAUCCUAGCAAAUCGUCUAAGAAGGAUCAAGAGAACGAACAAAGUCUAAAAUCGAAGGAAAAUGAAACGAAUAAGAACCAAGAUAUCCAAGGAUCCAAAAAUCAAGGGAAAGCUUUAGUAAACCCUGAUUACUUGUCGAUUCUAGGAAGUAAACCUUCUGCAAACCAUGUAAAUUCCGACGAGGAAGAAGAUUUCGAAGAAGGAAUCGACCUAACGAAUAAAGACGCAGUAUUUGCGAAAGCUAUGGUCUUAUCUGUAAAGGGAGAAGGAAAGAAAGCAGCAAAGUAUCUUAAAGUAUAUGAAACUUUAGGAACUUUAACGAUGAAUCGCCCUUCAACCAAACGAGCUACAUCUGCGAAUCCAGUCUUGUCAGACGAAAACAAGAAGAUACCGGAAGGAGCCGUUUUUGAGAAUGGAAUGUGGUUUUUCCCAGGGAAAACGACCAGCCAUACCAAAAGAAGCUACACACCAUAUUUCGACAAGAAUAUAGAUGAGUUAAGGUAUCCUAUUCCUCUAACUAUCUUCGAUAAGGACUGGCAAAAUAAGGCGAUGACGUGUCAUGUUAAGAAGAAAUCGAAGUCAAGUGACGGAGAAAAAUCAGACUCCUCUUACACCGGUUUACCAUACGCUGACGAAUGGCUCUUAGACUAUGGUGAAUGGAUGGACGGUAGCUCACAAGACCAAUGUAGAAAGAGUGAUGAGCGAGAUGGGUUGGUUAACAGCUUUGAAAUAUGA